AUGAGUCACUGCUGUUUGGGUCAGCUUCAGGUUCCCAUAGCUCUGAAGAGCCUGUAUCCGACGAGGAACUUUCUCUGGACCGACGUGGACCACUGGAACUGCGCGCGGCGGCUCUGGAGCGACAUGCGCGGCAAGGACUCCCGCCAGAUGCUUAGCAGUGAUCUGCCUCGGCCAACUGAAGGCCGAGGCAGAUCACCUCCACCUUCAUCAUGGCCAUCACCCACCGACCUUCUGAUGGUACCACCAGCACCAAACGCCUCCUCCAUCGUUAGCUGCCGCUUUCUGCUCAUGUUCGCUCUCCCGAUUACUCUCGUGUGCUCACUCUAA